AUGAGUUCACCUACCAGUCUAGACGACUUGUCUAACAUGCCUGAGACAGGAAACACAAUUAAGACACUACACGAGUUGAAACAAGAAUCGUCACCAGAUAGCAACAACGAAAUGAAUAUCGAUGGUGAAAUGAGCAACGACAACAGUAACCAUAGCAAUAGCAACCACAAAAUGCACACAUAUGAUGGUGAUUUUGUUAUGGAUAAUGAAUAUAAUGAUUACGAAGAGUUAAGAAAGUCCCUAGUCAACAAAAGAAGGUUAUCAAGCAUUAAACGCCCUCACGGUCCAUUUUUGGAUCACAACAACCAAAUCGAUAAGCGUUCUCUUUUGAGAUUACCAACAGAAAUAUUAUUACAAAUAUUUCACUAUUUAGAGAGAAGAGACUGGUAUUCUUUAUUAACAACAUGCUCCGAAAUCGCUGAUUUGAUCAUUGAAAUGUUAUGGUUCCGUCCUCAUAUGCAGAAUGAUUCUGCAUUCAAGAAGAUAAAAGAAGUUAUGGAAAUAAACAAAUCAGUUACUCAUUGGGAUUAUCGCCAAUUUAUCAAGAGAUUGAAUUUGUCAUUUAUGACCAAAUUAGUAGAUGACGAGUUGCUAAGUUUGUUUAUAGGAUGUCCUAGAUUAGAAAGGUUGACUUUAGUCAAUUGUGCUAAGCUUACGCGGUAUCCCAUCACUCAAGUAUUAAAUGGCUGUGAAAGGUUACAGUCGAUUGAUUUAACUGGUGUGACUGAUAUACAUGAUGAUAUUAUUAAUGCAUUGGCCAACAACUGUCCGCGAUUGCAAGGAUUAUACGCCCCGGGCUGUGGCAACGUUUCCGAAGAAGCUAUAAUAAAGCUAUUGAGAUCAUGUCCAAUGCUUAAACGUGUCAAAUUUAAUUCAAGCACUAAUAUUACCGAUGAAAGUAUAUUGGUAAUGUAUGAGAAUUGUAAAUCAUUAGUUGAAAUUGAUUUACAUGGGUGUGAAAAUGUCACCGACAAGUAUUUGAAAAGCAUAUUUUUAGACUUGACACAACUAAGGGAGUUUAGAAUUAGUAAUGCCCCAGGAAUCACCGACAAAUUAUUUGAAUCUAUUCCAGAAGGACACAUUUUGGAAAAAUUGAGAAUCAUUGAUAUAACGGGUUGCAAUGCCAUUACUGAUAGAUUGGUAGAAAAGCUUGUUUCCUGUGCUCCAAGAUUGAGAAAUGUCGUCUUGUCGAAAUGUAUGCAGAUAACAGAUGCAUCGUUAAGGGCAUUGAGUCAAUUGGGAAGAAGUUUGCAUUAUAUCCAUUUGGGCCAUUGUGGGUUGAUUACUGAUUACGGAGUAGCAGCUUUAGUGAGAUACUGCCAUAGAAUACAAUACAUUGAUUUAGCAUGCUGUUCACAGUUGACAGAUUGGACACUAGUUGAAUUAGCAAACUUGCCGAAAUUGCGGAGAAUCGGAUUGGUCAAAUGUUCCAUGAUUACAGAUUUGGGAAUUUUAGAGCUAGUUAGACGUCGUGGUGAACAGGAUUGUCUUGAAAGGGUACAUCUUUCAUACUGUACGAACCUUACUAUUGGACCAAUUUAUUUGCUAUUGAAAAAUUGUCCAAAAUUAACACAUUUGUCACUUACUGGUAUAUCUUCAUUUUUAAGAAGAGAAAUAACACAGUAUUGUCGUGAACCACCUUCAGAUUUUAACGAACACCAGAAAUCUUUGUUUUGUGUUUUCAGUGGGCACGGUGUUAACCAAUUGCGUAAUUAUUUGAAUCAAGUUGUUGAAGAAAGAACAUAUCAAAUUGACCAAGGUGAUAUUCACACUUUGUUCAAUGAACGUAGAAGGAGAUUUUUGAAUGGAGAUAUUGAUAUGGAUGAAGAAGAAAUGAAUAUUUGGGAACGAAGACGUGGAUUAGGUGUCACUGCAGAUUUAGGGCAUCCUGAUAUGGCAGAAAUAAAUCGUGAAAUAUUCAGAGAGCUUAACGAAGGCAACAUGGGUCCUGAUGAAAUGAGAGAGCACUUCCAAAGACUAAUCAGGAAUCACCAUCAACAGAGAUUACUAGAGCAUCAAAAUAGAUUGAAUCAACAAUUGGUGCAGCAACGCCAACAACAGCAACAGCAAGAACCACAGCUAGAGCAAGAAAAUUUACAAAAUCGUGGUCAAAUUGAAACCCAAGCUCCAGAUCAACUUCCAAAUGAAGGCCAGUUGCGAUUACAACCACCUCUACAACAACAAAGAGCACAGAAUACUAUUAUUAAUAACCCACAGAAUGCACCCCAAAUAGAACAGCCAGCAGUAUUUCCGAAUGGAGAAAACCAAACACUACCUUUAGUUCUAAAUGAAGACGAAGAUGUCGAUAUGGAACCAGUCGAUUUAUUUCCUAGAAAUACUUGA